AUGCCAGUGGCCAUGGACACAGGCCAGGCGCCCGGCCAGAACAGUGCCGGCCACAAGGACAAAUGCCUGCAGGUGCUGCUACAGGAACUCUGCCAGCUCCAGGCUAAGCAGAGGAAGCUGAAGAGGGAGGUGGAGAAGUACAAGCUUUUUGAAGACUAUCUGGUUAAGGUCCUGGAGAAAAUCCCCAAGGGUUACAGUGAAGGGCGGGAGAUGGAGGAGGCCCAGGAGGAGGCCCUGGUGGAGGCGCUGGUGGAGCACUAUGGGAAGCUCUUCGCCGUCAGCCAGGACAUCCAGAAGCACCUGGAGGCCUUCUCCAGGAUGAGCCAGGCCGUCCACCAGAGCCUGGAGUCCCUCGAGGAGAGCCAUCGAGCCCUCAUUCCGACCCUCAAGAUCCGGCUGUGCCAGCUGCAGAAGAGGUGUCACCGCAGGCAGGAGCAGCAGUGGCAGUCGGAACACGAUGUCGCCUUCCAGAAAGACGCGGGCAGCUAUCAUAGCCAGCUGCUCAGCUAUUUGCAGAUGACCAUCGACAACAUGGCCCAGCAGUGCUGCUCCUCUGCCCCUGCCGUGCCCAUGGGCCUCUUUACCAAGCUCGACCUGAUCCAGAAAUUUAUAUUGGACAAAAUGGAGACGGUGAAAUUUAUCUUACUGCGCAUGGAACCCAGAGUGUGCUGGACAGACGGCAGCCACAAGGACCAGCGAUGCAGAAGCCACCCCAGACCCUUCAGGAAAUGUCCCCCGAGGCAAGCUCUCAUCCCAGGGGCCUCCUUAACCAACACCGAGACCGCCGAGUGCCCCUGCCUGCGCUGA